AUGAGCUUCUCCAGGUUGCAAGAGAUGAAAAUUAUAUUCCCACACAUCCCCCAAGGGCUACCCAGGACCUUUCAAUUGGCUUCUAGGUGCCAGCUACACUACUCCAGACCUGUCAAAGCUCACGAAAAUCCCUUGGGACUUCCUCGGAAACCGGGCACAAUGUCCCAAGGCUUGCCGAUCAAAAGGACGAUUCCUGGUGUAAAGAAGAUUGUUUUGGUUUCCUCAGCCAAGGGGGGAGUAGGCAAGUCCACGGUGACCGCCAAUCUAGCGCUUUCUUUGCAGAAAUUGGGCAAAAAAGUUGGUGUUCUUGAUGCUGACUUAUUUGGUCCGUCCAUUCCAAGACUCUUCAAAUUAGAAGGAGAGCCCCGACUUUCGUCGGAAGGGAAACUCUUGCCGCUCUCCAACUACGGUAUAGAAACCAUGUCGAUGGGCUAUUUGAUCAAGCCGGAAAAUCCUGUGGUUUGGCGUGGAUUAAUGGUGAUGAAGGCUCUCCAGCAACUUUUAUUCGAGGUUCAAUGGUCUGGUUUGGACUACUUGGUCAUAGACAUGCCCCCGGGAACAGGCGACACCCAAUUGACCAUAAGCCAGCAACUCAAGGUGACAGGUGCUGUUAUAGUGACCACACCUCAGGAUAUCGCACUUAUCGAUGCCGUGAAGGGCAUAGCCAUGUACGAAAAAGUGAACAUUCCCGUGCUAGGAUUGGUCCAGAAUAUGAGCUACUACUUGUGCCCCAACUGUAACCACGAGUCUCAUAUUUUUGGUAACGACGGAGCCAUUCGAGAAGCAGAGAAACGGAACAUCGAUGUCUUGGGUUCGAUCCCCUUAAACGAGGAUAUAUGUCUUCAGUCUGACCGGGGAAAGCCUGUGGUUGCUUCACACCCCGAAACACCAUUGUCGGAACCAUACAUAUCCAUUGCUCAAAAGUUGCUUUUGAAGAUAUAG